GUACUUCAGGUUUGCGCCCAAUUCAGUAUUAUGCGUUACCAUAAAUUCUAUUAAAGGUUCCUUGGAUUUGGGUAAUUUCUUAGUCAUCUUGUUGUUAAUCUGUUGCUAAACUUGCGAAUUGCAGCAUCCAAGUACGAAGCAACUUUUUUAUGACCCUAAUUCACCUCAUAAACAGCAAUCAAUCUUAGAAUCUCGGGGAAAACCGUUAAUUUUUGGUGAAAUUCAGGUAAGCCCCACUAGUAAUUCUGGCGACUAAUCGAAUAAACCCCGAAAAUGCCUUUGGUCUGUAGUUUUGCCUCAGAAUUGCUGUAUAUUUUUAGAAAAACCCCAGAAUCUUAACAUUCCGGGGUUAUAACCCCGGAGAAUAUAUAUAUUCUCCAUGAUAUCAUGCAAACUUCAUUGUGAAAUCUCCAGAUUUUUCACUGUACACGAACACCUUUUGCCCCUGUUCGCGGUUAAAUUUCCAUCGUUUCACACACUAACGGGUCACAGUGACAGAUAUACGUCGUAGAUGUACCUUAAUCCCUAUGCAAUAUCAUGGGCUUACUGUCCUCAUCUUAUGCAACACUUCUAAAUUGUAUAAUGCCAUGAAAUUAAAUCUCGGCAACAAUCAAAAGCUUACAUAGUCAAAGAUAAGGAGAGAAGACAGAUAUUUAUCCUUAUAAGUUAGCUUUUGAACAACCAGCUGUUUGUCCAUAGGGAGGAUAUAACGUCUAAAGAAAUUGCAGAUCAUAUCGAUGUGGAUGACGAGUGUUCAUUAAGAAAAUGAGCUGUACUAAGUUGUUGUGGUAAGUUACAAUUACAUAAAAUAUUAUGGGAAACCAUAAAAAUGAAUUAAAAAACCCAGUUUAAGGGAAAUUUUGGGGUAUUUAGUUGCAUUAUCCCCAAAAUUAACAAAAUGAUCAUGUAGGUCAAGAUAUUAGGGAAAACACUUGUUCUUAACUUGGUAAACAAGCUACAUUUUGCAUUAAUUUCCGAUUGACUAUCUUGGAGCACGCUUAAGUUUUCAUCUCACUCUUACAUAACAGAUUUAUAUAAUUUACUGGACUUUCCAUUCGUCUUUAUUGUCAACUGAAUACUAUUUUUAUAGAUAUAACGCUUGAUUUACAUUAAAUCGUGAAAUGUGUUGGAUAUCAUCAUUUUAAGAAACCAGUCUAAUUAUUAUGUGGAAUAUUCAUCCUUGUGUUUGAGACUAAAUGAGUGUAGUUAUUCCUUAAAAACAAAUCCUUUGGCUUAGUCACUAAGCUAUAUCUACGUCUGCAAUCAUUUCCUGACGGCAUUUUAUCUGUCAAUUAACAUAGCAUAGGUUGGUUUAAGGUGAUAUAUUCUGUUUUCCUAGAAGUCUUUCAAGUUACAGAGCUUGUCUAGUACCUAGAAAUUACUUUCAUUGUUUGGAUAACGUGUUGUAAUAAUUAUACACUCUCUAGUGAUAACUCAGAAAAUGUUAAUAACACGUAUGGUAUAUAUAUUGCUUAAAAGAACGUACAGUCAGAAGUUAAAUAAAACACUGUAUUUAGUUAGUUGUCGACGAGAUCCUUUUUUUUCCAAAAUUCCACGUUAGAUCCUACUUUAGCUUUGAUAUUGAUAUUGUGGAUGGGUUUACUCAUGGCAAUAAUCCGAUAGAAAUACAUUGGCUUCAAACUUUACUCCAGUAAUACCGCCUUUUCAUAUGAGUAGUAAUCGCGCCCCUCAUACUGCGUAACGUAUUGUUGGUGCCAGCAAACUACUCAGAAAAUCGUAGAAUACCGACCUUAAGAAAUUACCCUUUGAGCUUGUGCGGUCAUCUCAAUAGACUUGCAAGAUCUUCGUUACUAAUCUGAUUUCGUUUUCAGUGGUAUUAUUUAAGAAAUGUACGUUUUCACUGAGAGGAAUAGAGAAAUUUAAACAAUUAUUAAUGUGAUCGGGUACUAUAUUUUCUCUCGAAAUAUUAAAAUACGGCAUAAUUUGACACCCUUAUAGUAUUAAGUAAUUUUAAAAUCAAUUCACCUCAGCAUGCUCUUGUAUUAAAAUGUCUUGGCAGCAUGAAUAAUUCACAAAAAAAUCAUUGUUGUCAAAAGUUAAGUGUAAAGCUUUGAAAAUGAGCUUCCUGCUAUUUAUAAGUUAUUUACCGAAUAUAGGUGUUUACUAAUGUAAACAUUUUAUUCUGAUCGAUUUAAUUGUCGCUAGGAUCUCUGCUACUAAUAUCUUUCUGGGUAAUUCAUGUAACCUCAAAUGAAGGUGAUAAGAAUGUAAAAGAAAUAUUAACCAUGGGAUAAUUUCAUCACUGUUUUUCUUUACUUUCAUAGAUUUUAAAUGAUUAAUUUAUCUGCAUAUGUUCAUAAACUAUUGGCUCAUGAAAAAUGUAUCAUAACUACUCAAAUUAGAAAUAAAAAAUACUAUCGUCAUUGGUGGAUACCAUUUCAUUUGGAUGAUUUUCAAACGAUAACACAAUCAAAACCAAAUGCUUAUGAAAGAUGGAAUCAAGAAUGGACUGAAUCUCGUCUACCAACUGAAUUACAUUAUUUUGAUACUUCACGUCUUCCAUCACAUUUAAAAGCAAGAAUAAAACCAUCUAAAGAAUUUUUUAAACUAACUAAUAGAAAAGAAAAAACUGAAGAUUAUCAAAGACGUUUAUUUGGUCAAUAUGGUUUACAUAGUGGUGUGAAUCCAGCUCUUUUAUUUAUGAAUGAAAAUGAAAUAACCUAUGAAAAAAAUAAAGAAAAUUUACUUGAAAAUUCAAUUUUAGAAAUAGUCACUGCUAAAAAAGAACAAGAGAAGAAAGCUAGAAUGGACAAUGAAACAUUAAUGUUACAAAUUAAGAAAAAUUUAAAUAAAAUGCCUGAAAUAAUAAAAAAAUUCCAUGAUCAAGAAGCUAAUCAAACAUCUAUGAAUACGGUGAAAAAGAAUAAAAUGGAAAUGUUAAUGGAAGAGGCAAGAGAUCGUUUUGGUUUUUAUCCAGAUAAAAAAGAUCCAAAAUUUUUAAAAUUAAUUCAAGAAUUUGAUGAACAAGAUAAAUUAGAACGUAAACAGAAAAAAAAUAAACGUGUUUAAAAAUGUAUUUUUUCUUUUAUGAACAUACUAACAUUCUUAGGUAUUGAGCUUUGAAACAAUGAAAUGUGAAUACUUUAAAUGUAUAUAGAUACAUACCUUGAAUUUGGUUUGUUUAUUUGUCCCUAAACCGGAACGUUUGCGCAUAUGUUAUGUAGUUGUACAAUUGCCUUCAAAUGCCCUGGUACAGCCAAGAGUUGGGAGGGUCCACUCUCCCUCUUCAAAUGCGUUCACAUGGCUACGAGUAUAUAGCCUCUACAAGGGAAAUCCCACUCACUGC